CCCGCCCCGGCCGGCUGCGCGCACGGCGAACAUGGCGGCGGCGGUGGGGCGGGACACUCUACCUGAGCACUGGUCCUACGGCGUCUGCAGGGACGGGCGCGUCUUCUUCAUCGACGACCUGACCCGCGCCACCACUUGGCUGCAUCCGCGCACCGGCGAGCCCGUCAACUCCGGCCACAUGAUCCGCUCAGACCUGCCCCGCGGAUGGGAGGAGGGGUUCUCGGAGGAGGGCGCCAGCUACUUCAUCGACCAUAAUCAGCAGACCACGUCAUUUAGACAUCCUGUGACAGGACAGAUUUCUCCAGAAAAUAUUGAAUUUAUUUUGCAAGAAGAACAGAAUUCAUCUAUGUCCAACCACCAAAUCAACCAAAGGCCUUCAAGCAUGGUCAGUGAAACGUCCACUGCAGUAACUACAUCUGCUGUUGAUACAAAACCUGGCUCUAAGGUUGUGAAGACUGGAAACAAAGUUCACAGCUUUGGAAAGAGGGAACAAGCGAUCAGGAGGAAUCUCAAUGUUCCUGUGAUAGUGAGAGGCUGGCUGCACAAACAAGAUAGCUCUGGAAUGCGGUUAUGGAAGAGACGAUGGUUUGUGCUUGCUGAUUAUUGUUUGUUUUAUUACAAAGACAGCAGAGAAGAGUCUGUUCUGGGGAGCAUCCCAUUGCCUAGUUAUGUAAUAUCUCCAGUUGGACCUGAAGAUCGAAUAAAUCGCAAAUUUUCUUUUAAGGCUGUUCACACAGGUAUGCGGGCAUAUAUUUAUAGCAAGAAUUCUGUCAUUGGCUCUCAGGCAGAGCACACAGGGAUGCGGACGUACUACUUCAGUGCUGACACCCAGGAGGAUAUGAACGCCUGGAUCCGGGCCAUGAACCAGGCUGCUCUCAUGCAGACACGCUCCUCACUGAAGAGGGAAACUGAAAAAGUGGAUCAACAAGCUGUUCCCCAAGUCAAUCAUGUGGAUGCCUGCAAAGAGUGUGUGAAGGCAGAGAUUACAGACACAAAAGAAAGUUAUCAGAAAUCAGCUGAAAUGCUUGGAUACAAUAAGCGUGAAGAGAUAAGAAGAGAAAAGGAGGAGGGGGAGCGUUAUAUCCACAGAAAAGAAACUCUGGAAACCAAGAGGGGAAAGGCUAAGCAUGCGUUAACAGAAGCUGAUUCAUUAUUUCCAGACUUAACGAAUGCUGCAUCGUGGUCCCAAGUAGCUCAGCCUCAACCAGCUGAGAAGAAUGGAACGCUUCCUAAUUCAUUAAGUAUGAGUGCUGGCCUAGUGGAGCAGAAUGGUACUGGCUCAUAUAAAAGAGGGUUUGUUCCCAGAACAAAUCCAGAUAAGCAGUUUCAAAGGAAAAGUAACUUGGCUCAAGUGGAGCACUGGGUAAAAGUCCAGAAAGGAGAUACAAAAAGCCUCACUUCUGAUCAGACUCUUACACGUCAGGGUCCCAAUCCUCCUUUUCCUGAGAACUAUCACACUUUGCCAAAGAAUACCAGGCAGCCUUCAGGGAGCUCACCACCACCAAACCGCAAUCUGCCGAGUGACUACAAAUAUGCACAAGAUCGUGUAAGCCACUUGAAGAUGUCCCAGGAGGAAAGGAAAGCAAAUAAGGAUGGAACUGUUUGGCAGCUGUAUGAGUGGCAGCAGAGACAGCAGUUCAAACAUGGCAGCCCCACGGCCCCACUUUAUGUAGGUUCUUCAGACUUUAUUGAUCGUGCUAAGUCAAAAAGUUCAUUAGAUGUUCCACAAUCAAUAUCUGUUCCGCCCUCUCCAUCUGAUAUCCCUCCACCCGGACCUCCAAAAAACUUUCUCCCACGGAGACCACAUACUCCUGCAGAAAGGCUCACUGUUAAGCCAUCUGAUGAGAGACAGAGUGUGGAUGUUCCUUUUGCUGGAUCCCCCAGGAAGAUACGGAAUCGUGCUAUAAAGAGCUCCACUCAUCUGGAUCGCCGCUCCAUGCCUGCCAUGGGCUACAUGACACACACGGUGAGCGCGCCCAGCUUGCACGGCAAGUCGGUGGAUGACACUUACAUCCAGUUGAAAAAGGAUCUGGAGUAUUUGGAUCUAAAGGUGACAGGACGUGACACGUUGAAAGAAAGAAGUACAAAACCGGUUAAGAUUGCAGAAAGUGAUAUUGAUGUGAAACUAAGUGUUUUCUGUGAGCAGGACAGAAUUCUGCAGGACUUGGAGGACAAAAUAAGAGCCCUUAAGGAAAAUAAAGAUCAGCUGGAGUCUGUUUUGGAGGUUUUACACAGGCAGAUGGAUCAGUACAAAGACCAACCACAACAUGCAGAAAAAAUAUCUUAUCAGCAGAGACUUUUGCAAGAGGACCUUAUACAUAUUCGGGCUGAAAUAUCCAAAGUUUCAACGGAAAUGGAAAAUGCCUGGAAUGAAUAUCUGAAAUUAGAAAAGGAUGUGAGCCAACUGAAAAAAGCCUUACAGGAGCAAAUGAGCAGUUCAUUGGUAUCUCAGGAGAAAACACAAAUACAAAAAGACUUGUGGAGGAUUGAAGAUGUUACAGCUGGCUUAAGUGCAAAUAAAGCAAACUACAAAACCAUAGUAGACUCUAUAAAGAAUCCUGAGAGAAAAAUAGUGCCUUCGUUUUCUCAGUCUUCAGUGCCUUCCUUACCAGCUUCCCUUGCUACUGUGGAGAGCAAACUUUCAGUCCCACAGAGCCCUCCACGCAGUCCAGUUAAAUCCCCUCUGGAGGUUAGGCUGUAUCCACAGCCUUAUUUCCAGACCAGGACACAGCACCAAGCACAGAUGCUGAAAAAAAUUGAGCCACCUCUUCAGUCACUGGUCAAGCUCAAACCAAAGGUUGAAGAUGAAGCACCGCCCAGACCUCCUCUCCCUCAGCUGUACAGUCCUGAGGAUCAGCCACCAGCUGUCCCACCCCUCCCGAGGGAAGCCACUGUCAUCAGACACACCUCGGUGCGGGGCCUGAAGCGUCAGUCGGACGAGAGAAAGAGAGACAGAGAACUCGGCCAGUAUGUAAAUGGAGAUUACAGGGUGGAACUGCGUUCAUACAUGAGUGAACCAGAGCUAGCAAUGAUAGGGGGUGACCUCAGCCACCCUUCCAGCGCUUUAAUAAGCCCUGACAGUGGAUACCAGACAUUACCUACCCGUGGUUUGUCUGGAUCAACUUCCAGAUUGCACCAGUCAUCUACCAUUUCAUCAUUUGCAACACUUCGAAGGGAUAGGUCCAAGGAGAGACCAAAGAGUGCCUUGGAACGUUUAUACUCUGGAGACCACCAAAGAGGCAAGAUGAGUGCAGAGGAGCAGCUAGAAAGAAUGAAGAGACAUCAGAAGGCGUUAGUGCGGGAGCGCAAGAGAACUCUUAGCCAAGGAGAAAGGCAGCCUGUUUCAUCUCGGUCUUUCAUCAGGCCCGUGUCUGCAGACGUAGGCUCAUGGAAACGAGAGCAAGAAUUUGAUUUGCAGUUACUUGAGAGGGCAAUUCGUGGAGAAGACAAGGAUGAAAAUGAAUGGUUAAAAGUUCAGCCAGUAGCAGUGACAGAGACAGACCUGGAGCCUCAAGAUUAUGAUUUAGAUAUCAGCAGAGAGUUGUCAAAACCUGAGAAGGUUGUAAUUCCAGAACGUUAUGUUGAACUGGAGCCAGAAGAGCCUCUUUCUACAGAAGAACUGGCAGCCAGGCAGCGUAAAGCAGAAAAGAUAAAGAAUAUUCUUACUAAAUCAAGUAUGCACAAUCUGCAGCCUACUGUUGCCCAGGACAAACACAACUCGAUUGAUUUAGAUUCACAGCUGCAGGAGCAGGAGCGCAUCAUUACCAUUUCAUAUGCUCUGGCUUCUGAAGCCUCUCAGAGGAGCAAGGAAGUAGCAGCCAAAGCAGUAAGUGAACACUGACGUGAGACUUGAGGCAAAUCUUCACUUUGCGACACCGCCUGGAAGACAGAGGACAUUCUUUUCAUGUUUCUUGGAGAUACUCACUGGUUGAUGAUACCUUCUUCUGGAAUGACAUUCAGAGAAUGAUAGGGGGGAUUUUCUAUGAAAAUGAAGAGAACUGCAGAUCUUUUUUUUAUUUACUUCAUUUUAGUUCACACUUUUUAUAUGAAUAAACGGCACUUUUAAUAAACUCUGUAAAAUACUGACAAUGUAUUUUUUAGAUUGACGUAUUUCAGAUUUUUUUUUAAAAUCAAGGGCUGAAUUAAUUUAAAAGACACGUCUUGCAUAGAUACUAAAAGAUGCUGUUACUUCCCCCUCAGGCUCAGAUGCACAUUGUAAGUUUUGGGAAAAAAGCCCACAAAUUGAGCAAACCUAGAAGCACACUGAUAGGGUAUGGAUAGAGCUAGCACAGGUGACAGGUUGGUGAAAGGGUGUUUCAGAUUGAAUAUUUUUGUAGAGUUAAUCACCCACCCUUUUGCCAUUAAAUAAUCCAUUGCAAGAAUUGUUAGCUUGAAUUUCUAAAUAUUAGUAACCACUGUAUAGCUGAAUUUCCCAAGAAAGCCACAACAAAAGCCUUUUUAAGUCCCAAUUUUUUUUGAUCCCAGAUGAUUAACUUGCUGUUAUCAAUCCACGGUUUGUUAGGUUGCCCUUGGCAGUAGUGCUGCCCCUCUAUAAUGAACAGCUAACAAAUUUUAUUUUUUUGAAAGUUGAGAUGUGAAAGAAGGUGAUUUUUAAUUAAAAUAUGUGAAGUAAGCAAUAAAAAAAAAAUUAAUGUGUCUCUUGGCUAGUAAAUACAUAUUUUUCUUCUGAUUUUUUGUUUUCAAUAGACAUUACAAUAUGACUAGUACUGACUAGUAUAUAUCCUGGAAACAGCAAAACUAAUGGAAUGUGGCACCUGCUAAUUUUGUAUGUUCACCUGGUGCUUAUCUUUGCCAAACUUUGAAAUUCUGUGCGGUACUUAUGCAUAGGGCAAAGGGUGAGGUGGUUAAAAUAAGGAGAAAAUAAGGUUAAAUGAAUUGCUGCAACUAUACUUUAAAAAACCCUGUGUAUGCAUCAAAUACAAGACGUACAAAAGCUUCCCAAUGUUAUGGAAUUAGUAGCUGAGUUCAGCUCUGGAUGAGAAAUAACUGAGAAAUACUUCUGCAGUAUUUUGUGAAACCACUAACUUUUUUUUAUUCUCUGUAUUCUAGUAGAAGCUAAAAACCCCUUGGAACUGUAUUUCAGACUGUAAGACAAAUCAUAUUAUAUUAACACUAUACGCAGAAAUAUUCUUAAAAGUAUAUAUUUAGCUAAUGCAAUCUAUUUUACCUCAAUACUGCCAGUAUCAACUUCAAAACCUUUUGCCAAAAUAAUGAUUUAUUUUUGCCUUUAUAAAAAAGUUUUGAAACCAUAAAUGAAUAUUUU